GGGAAAUAUGCUAAUGAGCUGGAGUGGAGACGCACAAACACCGGGCUGUCUGGUGGUUCAGACAAGAGACUAAACGUGUCAUCACAUGUCGUGCGGAUAAGGGACAGAGACAGGAGACGUGACCAGCCAGGUCUCCUUUGAUAUCGGCACCACAAAGGCCACCGGACAGGAUGCAGAGCUACAGGAAAGAACAACACAGUAUGUGAGCGGAUGUAUGCAGUGCGGGCUUUCUUCAAAACUGACCUACAGGAAGAACUGCUUCGCUUCCCUAAACUUCUGGAACAAGCCAAAGGAAAAGGAGACAAUCAUCAACAUGCUGCACUUGUGGAUAAGCUUAUUGAAAACUUCAAGGUGUCUGAUUAGCCAUCUGGAGGUGCAGGGUUUCAUUGAGAGGUGUGCGAUGAUGGUGGGGGCCAGACCACAUCACGCUCGCAGCCUGGCUGAGGUGCUGGUAGAAGCAGACAGCAGGGGUCACUACAGUCAUGGACUCAACAGGAUGGACAUGUAUGUGAAGGACAUCCAGGCAGGAAUCUGUGCAGUCAAUGGUGAGCCUGUGGUGGACAAAGAAAAUGCAGCCACAGCCCUGGUGAAUGGAAAUAACUUACUGGGCCCGGUGGUGGCAAACUUCUGCAUGAACCUGGCCAUAAGGAAAGCCAGAGAGGCUGGCAUUGGCUGGGUGGUGGCACAUGGUUCAAAUCAUUUUGGCAUUGCUGGAUAUUAUGCAAUGAAGGCACUGAAGGAAAACAUGAUAGGUAUGUCUUUUACCAACACAUCCCCCCUGGUGGUCCCAACUCGUGGUAAAGAGCGCACUUUGGGCACCAACCCACUGAGUGUGGCCGCUCCUGGUAAAGAUGGAGACAGCUUUGUUCUAGAUACGGCCACUUCAGCAGUAGCGCUGGGAAAGGUGGAGCUGAAUGAGCGGCGUGGGGACAAAAUCCCUGAUGGCUGGGGCUGUGACCCUCAGGGUCAUUUAACUACUGAUCCAAAGAGGGUUCUGUCUGGAGGAGGACUGGUACCUGUUGGGGGCAGUGAGGCAACAGGAGGAUACAAAGGCUACGGUCUGGGGAUGAUGGUGGAGGUGUUCUGUGGCAUCUUGGCUGGAGCUCACUACAGCAAAUACAUCCGUACAUGGAAAGUGACUGACCGCGUUGCCGACCUGGGUCAGUGUUUUGUGGCCAUCAACCCAGAAAACUUUGCUUCAGGAUUCAACGAGAGAAUGUCAGACCUGCUCUCUAUCCAGAGACACCAGAAUCCUGCUGAUCCCCACUCUCCUGUUCUGGCUGCUGGAGAUCCAGAGAGGGUCAACAUAAAGAAGUGUGAGGAGAUGGGAGGAAUACCCUACCACAUCAACAUCAUCAAAUACAUUAAUGAUUACGCAAAACAAAUUGGUGUCGACAAGCAGCUGCCAUGCGACAAACUUGUCUCAGUCUAGAAUAUCUGGAAAUCUGCCGAUUGAACUCACCCUAGAGAUUUCUCUAAGUUUCUGGAAGGACAGUUGUGUUUACACACAUCAUAGUACUAUUGUUUUUAUUAACAUUUUAACACAGUAACACUGUAAAAAUAUUAGAAAGUUAAACAGAGGCUGGUGGUGGAGCGAAGUGUCAAGUAAUGGUUGAUGCUUGACAGGUGGGUUAGUGGGUGGAGUUUACUUAUAUAUGCAAGAGCCAAAACCACUUGUGCUGUGUCGACUGGUUCUGUGUUUUCUGUGAGACGGGGUGAGCUUUGAACAGGUUGGGACCAACCGACUGACCCCUACAUGACUCAAGUUAAUGUGAAAGUUAAAAACUAUGAAAAAGUACAAAAGAAAAGCCUGUUGUGACAUUCUAAGCAAUAAUUAUGAUUUUUCUUUUUAAAAGAAACAUGAUCUGAUAUUGUGUCUGCAGAUCUAAAAACAAAUACAAACCUUAAUUUAAGCUGAGAUCCUUUUUGAAAUAGAUGAGAUUUCACAUGUCAACUGACUUAUUUAACCCUCUCAGGCCCUGUCCACACGUAGCCAGGGAUCUGCCAAAACGUAGAUAUUUUUCUACGUUUUGGCCUGUCAUCCACACGAAAACUGAGUUUUUUCACACGAAAACGGAUCUUUUUAAAAACUCUGGCCAAAGUGAAGAUCUGCGUUUUCUCCGUUUUGGGUGUCUGCGUGUGGACAGACAAAACCGGGAGUUUUAAGGUCCGCAACGUCACUUUCCGCGACAAAAAAUGCUGACAUCACGUGUGCGACCUGUGUUUACACUAGCCGGCAUCAUGGAUGCCUCAGAGCUGCGCUCGCUUUAUCAGUUGUCCAAGCGCUUUUUGCUUGUUUGUUUUUGCAAGCGGAAUUACUGCUCCUUGCAGAAGACCACAGACGAAGGACGAGGUUAAGAAUGGGGGAAGUACUGCCACCUACAGGUCUGGCAUGUCCUUAACAACGUAUUUCUCCGGGUACGUGUGGACAGAGUUUUUUUUUUUAAACGAGGUGGUGUGGAUGCAACUUUUUGGAGGGGCGGAUAUUCGUUUUAAAAAAAAACCCGGCUACGUGUGGACUAGGCCUCAGUCUCAAAAUAAGUUUUGAUAAAAGGAUGAACAACUAAGUCCUUCAGAGGUACUUCUGAGUUAAAGAAAAUGCUCAUGAAAUACGUAUGUGGAGUAACCAGGUAGGUAGGUUUUAUCGUUGCAAAUCUACAACGCCUGCCUCCAGAGUUUUAACCUUCUCCUGCGUAGAUUUUCAACAGCUAUGUGUGGGUGCUGAGGCUAUACUUGCACACAUAACCCUCCACAUUAGACUGGUAAUGCAUAGAGCAGGGGCAUUCAGUUCCAGGCCUGGAGGGCCGGUGUCGAUACAGGAUCUGCUUGGGUGCAGGAUCGGCUCGGGGUCCUUCGACUGCCGAUGACGUCACAUUACUGCAAAUCUAGUUGGCUUUCACACACAUUUUGGAACGACAUCAGCAGUUUUGUUAAUAAAUUCUUGUUUGUUAACACCUAAAUAUUUUCUUUAUAAUUGUAAUUCGUUAAUAAAACACCAUCUUUGUUUUGUAAAGAAUGUGAAACUGCAUAACACCAACAUCGGGCUGACAAAAAAUAGAACAUUUCUGAUAUGUGAAGGCGUAUCUGUUAGUAUUAAUGUGGAGCUCGUCUGUAUAUUUCCUUAGUUGUUAUCGAAAUACAUUCUUUGACUCAAAAUGUUGCUUGGUGUCUUUCAAUAAAGUUCUUAUAUUUUAUUUUGCCCCAUUUCAUCAACAUCAAGAGCUUUUGAGGGUCAUUUGCUUAUAUUUUACAUUUCCUUUAGAAAUUCAAACAUCUUUUCUCCAGAAUGUGUUGAUUUUUGGACUACAGGACUACAACCGCUAAGACUACGACCGCAAAUUUGUUGUGACCAGUCAAAAUCAUAACUUGAUAACGUCACUUCCGUAAGCUUCAUGUUUAGCCAAUCAACUACUUUGACGUGAUCGGCAGUCGAAGGACCCCGAGCCGAUCCUGCACCCGAGCAGAUCCUGUACCGACACCGGUAUCCACCAGGUUUUAGUUAAGCCUGUUUCAGCUCACCUGAUUUCAAUCAGCAGGUGAUUAACAGGCUUCUGCAGACCCUUAUGAGCUGCUGCACAGGUGAUUCAACCACUGAAUCAAGUGUUUUUGAGCAGAGAAACCACUAAAACGUGCUGGAUACCGGCCAUCCAGGAGCGGAAUUGAAUACACCCGGUAUAGAGUAUCAGUAACGUUCUUGUAAUCAUAACCUCAUAAUAUGUUUAGUUAUUGCUUUCUUUAAACAUUUCUGAGUCCAAAACUAUUAAGAAUGUGUUUUAAAAAUGUUAUCUUUUAAUUCGAGCUAAAUGGAAACACUUUAUGUGGGAACACGUUACAAAACAGACUGGACUUUUCCUGAUUGUGGCGAUGCCGUUGCUGUAUUAGUUCUCAUUAUACUGAUCGUUUUAAUCAAUGAUAAUCAUUGAAACUUAGCAGCAGAAUAGAAUUCUGUUUUAUUGUCUUUUGUUUUAUUGUAAGGCUGUAAAAAGCUAUUUUCAAUAAAACCACAAGAAAUCAAAA